UGAUCAUCUCUUUCUUUGAGCUCGUUCUGUCUCUCUCUCUCUCUUCAUCUUUAUCUUCUUGUGUGACUUCAUUCACUAAUAUUAGUAUUUCAAGAAAGUUUCAUUAAGAAUCUUGAUUUACAGAUUUGAUAAGUGGUGGUACUUGAGUUGUUGAAUAAUAUUGAUUGUGAGAGCUAAUUUUAAUUAGUAGUAUUAACUAUGGCUAUGCCUGCUAGGAGAUAUGCUUUUGGGAGGGAGGAUGAAGCCACCCACCCUGAUUCCCUACGAGCCACCUUGUCUGAGCUCCUCUCCACCUUCAUCUUCGUUUUUGCUGGUGAAGGUUCUGUUCUUGCUAUUGAUAAGUUAUAUCCGGAUAGGGCGUUAGGAGCAUCAAGACUGACAGCGAUAGCGCUGGCGCAUGCUUUAUCGCUAUUUGCAGCUGUAGCCUCUAGCCUGAACGUUUCUGGAGGACACAUCAACCCAGCUGUUACCUUUGGUUCACUUGUGGGGGGAAGGAUUUCUGUUGUUCGUGCUAUCUAUUAUUGGAUAGCUCAGCUUCUUGGUUCUGUUAUAGCCUCUCUUUUGUUGAGGCUUGCUACUGAUGGCUUUCGGCCACGGGGAUUCGCGGUUGCAGCUGGAGUUGGCAACUUGAAUGCACUUGUGAUGGAGAUAGUGAUGACAUUUGGACUAAUGUACACGGUGUAUGCAACUGCUGUUGAUCCAAGGAAGGGAAGUUUGGGGACCAUUGCACCUCUUGCCAUUGCGUUCAUAGUGGGGGCAAACGUCCUAGUGGGAGGGCCAUUUGAGGGAGCAUCCAUGAAUCCAGCUAGGGCAUUCGGACCUGCUCUGGUGGGAUGGAGGUGGAGGAACCAUUGGAUCUACUGGUUGGGACCUUUUGUAGGUGCAGCCCUGGCUGGACUUAUCUACGAGUAUGGGAUCAUACAGCACGAGACCGUUCCACGCCCCACUACCCAUCAGCCCUUGGCACCAGAAGAUUACUAAGGGUCCUCCGUCUGUCAAUAAAAAAGGAUUGUGCUUAAAACUGGAACUUUUAUGUGAUGUUUGUAGGCCACUCUAUGGUUGCUUUUGACUUCCAUCUUCUUACGUUUUAUGCGUUUAAUGCUUCUUUAUGUAGUUACAUUUUAACAAAUUAAGAUGAUCCCCAGACCAGUAAUAGCAUAAAUAAGGUUACUUAUUA